AUGUCGAACAACUACAUUCAAUCCGCGAUGGAGACCAUGCUUCUCGUUAGGCACAUCUCAACUCAUCUGGCCGCCGAGCCAAACCUGCCCGGUGCUGAUCAACUCACUCGUGGUGAGGUCGACGCUUGGAUCAGAGCUCUAGAUACUGGCAUCCCUGCUAGAGUGAUUGACCUUAUCUCUCUUCCUGUGUUGGAGUCUUUGCUGUAUAUGCGUGAUACCAACAUUCGCGCCAGUAGGCAUCUCAGACGUACCCGCCUUGAGCUACCCGAGCCUGUGAUUGAGCAUCCCUGGAUCCGUGAGGACGUCACCCUCGCAGUCGGGCCAGCUCCUUGGAUGCCAGGUGACAAGUUUGCAGCUAAGGUCCUUGGCUCUAACACUGUAUCUGCACAUGAACAUGAAGUUGUACGUAUAACAACUGAGGAUGAUGGAUCGGCAUUCAUUAUGACAUACUACAUGUUUCACAGUGAACUAAAUGUAACUCAACAGGACGACCCCGACGUUAGUACCAUCGUGCAUGGAAUCGUAGGCAAAGUCAACAUCGACGCCAAUUCCGAAGAUGAGACAAUGGUGGACCUUUCGCCGGAUACACUGAUUGACACGAUCAUGCAGACGGUUCAAACCGAACUGGACAGAAUUAUGCCGGAGGCGCCUGAGCUACAACAGACAAGAGAAAACAGCGUUGAGCCCAGCUUUACAGAGAUCGAAGAUGACACUCGUCCUACUUCUGUGGUUGAAGAGAGAUCUACCCCUGAACAAGACGAUCCUGAAAAGAUCGACGGUAAUUCACCUCCUGCCGACGUCGAUGAGGAUGCUGAUCCCGAAGAAGACACUGAGUCCGACGAUGGCCCUGAGAGAUUGCUCUGGUGUGUUUGCAACGGCUUUACUGGCAGACUGAAAAUGAUCGAAUGCGAAAACCAUCGUGACCCCGAUUGUCAGGGAAAGUGGUAUCACAUGAAGUGCGUUAACCUGAAAAGAUCUCCACCAGAUGAGAUUCUGUGGUAUUGCCCAGGUUGUCGUACAAAACUUGGUCGUGGUCUUCUUUCUAAUGGUUUGUGCAUGAUAGCAGGACAACAUGGCCAUUUCAAUCUCACAAUAAGAGCCGAUGGUUAA